AUGGAGGAUUGGGACCUCCGGUUGUCGCCUCCCGAGAGAAUGCUGCGACACACGAUCGACUCAGGACCGUACAGGUUACUCUCUUGCUCAACUAAAAAUGACAAAGCAGGGGUGUUACAGGAGCUAGAGAAGGGCGUGGAAGCAAAUUUUGCUGACUAUGAUAAGAGGACAGCUCUCCAUUUGGCAUCAUGCGAAGGUUGCACUGAGGUGGUUGUGCUACUUCUUGAGAGAGGAGCUGAUGUGAACUCCAUUGACCGUUGGGGUCGAACUGUCGGACUUGAUGCACAAAAUCCAUGCUAUGAGAUUGACUGCAAUGAGAUUGACAUGGAGGGGGCUAUUCUAAUUGGAGAAGGAGCACUUGGUGAAGUGAAUAUGGUGAAAUGGCGUGGUACAGAAGUUGCAGCAAAAACAAUACGUUCCUCCAUUGCCCCAAAUCCAAGAGUUAGGAGUGACUUCAAGAAGGAAUUGACUCUUUGGCAGAAGCUGUGCCACCCUAAUAUUGUGCAGUUCCUUGGUGUUCUAAAGCAAUCUGAUCGUUUAAUCUUUCUCACUGAGUAUCUCCGCAAUGGAAGCUUGUUUGAUAUACUGAGGAAGAGAGGAAGACUUGACCCACAGACUGCAGUUGCAUAUGCUUUGGAUAUUGCAAGCUUCCUGUGUAGACAAACUCGCUUCCAGUUGGAGUUCUUGCAGUUGCAGUAG